GGAGGAAGUGUCAUGGCGUCGGGCCGUGGAGCCUCUUCUCGCUGGUUCUUUACUCGGGAGCAGCUGGAGAACACGCCGAGCCGCCGCUGCGGAGUGGAGGCGGAUAAAGAGCUCUCGUACCGCCAGCAGGCGGCCAACCUCAUCCAGGAAAUGGGACAGCGUCUCAAUGUCUCUCAACUUACCAUAAACACCGCGAUUGUUUAUAUGCACAGGUUUUAUAUGCAUCAUUCUUUCACCAAAUUCAGCCGAAAUAUAAUAUCACCUACUGCAUUAUUUUUGGCUGCAAAAGUAGAAGAACAAGCUCGAAAACUUGAACAUGUUAUCAAAGUAGCACAUGCUUGUCUUCAUCCCCUCGAGCCACUGCUGGAUACUAAAUGUGAGGCUUACCUUCAGCAGACACAAGAACUGGUUUUACUUGAAACCAUAAUGCUACAAACACUAGUGCUUAUCAUUUCAGGUUUUGAGAUCACCAUUGAACACCCACACACAGAUGUGGUGAAAUGUACCCAGUUAGUAAGAGCAAGCAAGGAUUUGGCACAGACAUCCUAUUUCAUGGCUACCAACAGUCUGCAUCUUACAACCUUCUGUCUUCAGUACAAACCAACAGUGAUAGCAUGUGUGUGCAUUCAUUUGGCUUGCAAAUGGUCCAAUUGGGAGAUUCCUGUGUCAACUGAUGGAAAGCAUUGGUGGGAAUAUGUGGAUCCUACUGUCACUCUGGAAUUACUAGAUGAGCUAACACAUGAGUUUCUACAAAUAUUGGAGAAAACGCCUAGUAGAUUGAAGAAGAUUCGAAACUGGAGGGCUGAUCAGGCGGCUAAGAAACCAAAAGUAGAUGGACAAGUAUCAGAGAGACCGCUUCUCAGUUCAUCUUUGGUCCAGAAUUCCAUGUUAGUAGAUAGUGUCACUGGUGUGCCUACCAACCCAACUUUCCAGAAACCGUCUACAUCAGCAUUCCCUGCUCCAGUACCUCUAAAUUCAGGAAAUAUUUCUGUUCAAGACAGCCAUACAUCUGAUAACUUAUCAGUGCUAGCAACAGGAAUGCCAGGUACCUCAUACAGUUUGUCAUCACACCAAGAAUGGCCUCAGCACCAGGAAUCCACAAGAACAGAACAACUCUAUUCACAAAAACAGGAGACAUCUUUGUCUGGUAGCCAGUACAACGUCAACUUCCAGCAGGGACCUACUGUAUCACUACAUUCAGGAUUACAUCACAGACCUGACAAAAUUUCUGAUCAUUCUUCCGUUAAGCAAGAAUAUUCUCAUAAAGCAGGGAGUAGUAAACACCAUGGGCCAAUUUCUGCCACUCCUGGAAUAAUCCCUCAGAAAAUGUCAUUAGAUAAAUACAGAGAAAAACGUAAGCUAGAAACUCUUGAUCUUGAUGUAAGGGAUCAUUAUAUAGCUUCCCAGGUAGAACAGCAGCACAAACAUGGACAGUCCCAGGCAGCCAGCAGCAGUUCUGUAACUUCUCCCAUUAAAAUGAAAAUUCCUAUCACAAAUACUGAAAAGCCUGAAAAGUACAUGGCAGAUAAAAAGGAGAAGAGUGGCUCGCUGAAAUUACGGAUUCCAAUACCACCCACUGAUAAAGGAACAAGUAAAGAAGAACUAAAGAUGAAGAUAAAAGUCUCAUCUUCUGAAAGGCACAGCUCUUCUGAUGAAGGCAGUGGGAAGAGCAAGCAUUCAAGCCCACAUGUUAGCCGAGACCAUAAGGAGAAGCACAAGGAGCACCCUUCCAACCGCCACCAUGUCAGCAGUCACAAGCAUUCCCAUUCCCACAGUGGCAGCAGCAGCAGUGGUGGCAGCAAACACAGUGCUGAUGGAAUCCCACCCACUGUUUUGAGGAGCCCAAUUGGCCUGAGCAGUGAUGGCUAUUCUUCUAGUUCCAGUUCUUCAAGGAAGAAGCUGCAUAUCAAUGAUGCAUCUCACAACCAUCACUCCAAAAUGAGCAAAAGUUCCAAAAGUUCAGGUAGUUCAUCUAGUUCUUCCUCCUCUGUUAAGCAGUAUAUGUCCUCUCACAACUCUGUUUUUAACCAUCCCUUACCCCCUCCUCCCCCUGUCACAUACCAGGUGGGCUACGGACAUCUCAGCACGCUCGUGAAACUGGACAAGAAGCCAGUGGAGACCCACGGUCCUGAUGGCAAUCACGAGUACAGUACAAACAGCCAGCAUAUGGACUACAAAGAUACAUUCGACAUGCUGGACUCGCUGCUAAGUGCCCAAGGAAUGAACAUGUAAUCAUUUGUUUAGGUCACUUUUUCUUUACUUUUUUUAAUUUAAAAAUUGUUGGAAUGGAAAAAUUCCUCCUGAUCUAGCAGUGGUAACACCUGCUGUUUCUGCCACUGCUUCAAUAUUUGUAAGUGCUGCUUUAUUCUUCAUUCUGAAAAGAAGAGAUUAUAGUAAACAAGUUUUUAUCUCCACAUAAUGAUAGUGUUAUAAAUACUGCAAAAGCAUGGAAGGUGCAAAACUCAAUAUUUCUACAGUUGCAGCUGAGAACAUUAGGAUGAAUGGCUGGCUGCUUCUAGGGAUAUAAGCUGCCUCAAGCAUUUGUUAUUUAUAAUUUGAAUACUGUAUAGCUAUUUUUUGUUGUUGCUUGGCUUUUGAAUGAGUGUAAAUUGUUUUUCUUUUGUGUAUUUAUAUUUGUAUGUAUGAUUUGCAUGUUUCAAUGAUAAAGGGAUAAAACAGUAUACUGACAACUGUUUACAAGAAAGUGGAGAAAAAUGUACAUACAUUUUUGUAUGUUUAGAUAUUACCAUAAAUACUCAGGAUUGGAGCUGCUUGUAAGUAUAACAAUAUACAGAAUAACUUUAUUUUCUCUUGUCAGAGUCCAUCACUAAUCUAAAACAAAGGUGGCACUUUUUUAUGUUAACCUUAAACUCUAGGCCUUACCGGAAGCCACUGAAGGGGGACACUUCACUACCGGAUGGGUGUACAGUGCCAAGCAUGGGAUGGUCAGUUACACUGUCGGGCAUGAAACUUUUGCCUUCAGAGGUUCUGACCAGAUUGGCCACUGAAAUAACCCCUAAUUUUCUGAAGGCUUGAAGAGGAAAAAAAGUUUACAUACUCUUGAUGUGAAGUGCAUUUAAAUGUUUGUUGGCUUGUUGCAGUACUAUAAAACAGAGCUGUUAAUAAUGGUUGUGUGAAUUACUGUGAUUUGAAAACUAAAUUCACAAAGAUUUAUUUACAUAGUGAAAGAGUUAGUUUUUUUCUUAAAGAACUUUAACACUACAUAUUUUAUUACCAGUAAACAGGGAUCACUUUUCCUUUAACAUUCAGAAUGACACCAUAUUCUUAAAUAUAUUCCUCUCUUGAAGUGUGUUUGUGUGUGAUGCCAUAUUUCUUUUUCAGGUAAAUGCAGUCUUCCAUACAAAAAUGAAAUUAAACCUAUGCUCUCUCAGUUCUUUUAUAUUCUAACAAUAAAUAAAAAGAAAAGAUCACUGUGCAUUGUACCUGUAUUUGUAGCUUAAUGUUAUUAUCAGGAAGCUCUGUUAAAAAUGAUCAGCCUCCAGACAAACCGCUGGUGGAGGUUUUACAUUUGUUUGCACAUCUCAGAAUAUUCCUGUUGAUGUAAAGUUUGCACAGUCAUCUGACUUCUGAUCAAACUAUAGAUGUGUUUGAAUUUGGCUUAAGCAAACCAGUAACACAGCUCUUGCUUAAUCAGUUAAUCUUGACUUUAUUCUGUGGUAAAUCUUGGAGCUGUUGAGUAUUGUUGAGAUGGGUUGGAUUCAACCUCUGUUGAACUAAAAACUGUCUUAAUUUUCUUUUGUGUGUAUAUGAAUUAUUUUUGUUACAAAGCCACUGUUACGUGCACAAUUGUAAUUUUACUCAUGUGUUGUGGUUGUAAAUAUUGAAAGUUGAAUCUUGUGCUUUAUUUCAUUUAGUAAUUGCCUAUUUUGCUGGUAGCUUUAUUAUUUUUUUUUUUUUUUUAAGAAAACUGUUCAUUGUUUUGUCAAUGUUAUUUGAACUUGAUACUAGGAGCCUCUUUCUAGGGCCUUUUGCCUAGCUAGCAUGUCUUAACAUUGGUUCUUGUCUUGCAUAACUUUAGUAAUCUGUCUAUAUGUAACCUUAUUGCUCUGUAUGGCAUAAUCCUGUAUCCACAAACAUGGUAAUUUUGAUGCAGUUCUUUUACAGUGGUACAUAAUCCAAGGACUAGUGUAGAAUUAAGCUGAGUACAAGAUUGGGGGGGCGGGGGCAGGGGUUUGUUCUUGGUAAUUUAGAUGUGAAAUCUCCACAGAGCUAUCAUGUGAAAUGAUAUAGGGCGGUUGUGCUACUGUAUAAUUGGGGAUAAUACCAGGAAUUUUAAUAAGAUUUUGUAAAGAGUAUCCAGAAAAGUAGUGAACUUAUUUUCAGUAUGACAUAGAAAAACAAUGUGAAUAUUUAAGGUCUGUGACUAUAGUUAAACUUCACUAAGAAUUUGCAGAAUUGUUUUGAGAUGUGGGAAUAAAGGUAAUUUUGUUGAAUCUUUAUUGGUGCUAAUGAUGGACAGUUAAAAAGUAGCUAGUGUAUAUUGUUAUGGGUCAGUACUUAUUAGUACUUCCAAAAUUGAAAUGCUAUGUAUUCACUUUUCACUCUGUAAAUGUACUUCUUUACACUUAACUUUAUUUAUUAAAGGGCAGCCAGUUCUAAUUUUUACAGGAUUGUGUGAGCUGUUCAAACUCUUUAACCUCUGAACAGGAUAUUAAGCUUCCAGAACCACAAUGGGGGUAAAUAUGGAGAUUGAAAUUUCAUUUCCAUUAAAGGAAAAUUCUUAUUCAUAUUACCAUGAAUUUGCUUUAACCAUCUCAUUCGCACGAAAUCGUUAAUCUGCCUCGUCCCAGUAGGCUCUACCAAAGAAAAAGACUCAGAUGAAUGAACACUGUUAAUGUGAGUCUUCUUAUAAGUAGCCAUAAAUAAACCAAAAUAGUGUCAUCAGAUUUAGGGAUGAAAUUCAGUAUGUGCAAAGUACUGUUAAGGUGAUACAUUUUGAUGAGAUUUUUAAAAAAAAUAUUAAAAAGCAUUAAACAUCCAAUAAAAGAGUGACUCAUUUUUAAGUUGUGCUUUCCCAGGAUUGCGGACUUAUUGCCUUUAUGCAGGAAAUAUGCCACAGACGGGCUUUAUCUACUUCUACCGUUUUAAACCAAGUUUUCUGAUACUUAGCUCUUAGGCCCCUUUAAAUAUUUUCCUUAGCUACUUUAAAAUACAUUUUUAGAACCAAAGCAAGGGGUGUUUGUUCACAGAAACAUUCUCAGAGACCUGCAUUUUUAAAAAGCAGCAGUGUCCUUUAGUGGAAAAACCCUGCAGAGUGUCCAAGUUGGAAGUAUUUUAAGUUCCUAAAAGUCACACUGUCAGCCCUGUGUUUGUCUUUGGGAGUGGUCACCUGUGCAUCUUGCUCUUGUAUGUAUGCAGAUUAAUUUUGGUUCAAGUUCUUGGGUUUUCAGUCAGUUGAAGAAAUUUUCUAAUUAUGGUUUCUUCAGGCAGCUUAUAUAACUUUGUAGUAAUUUGGAAAAUACCCUCCUUUUGAACUAAGGCAAUGACUAAUUGACACCUGCUUCAGAAAACCAAUUUGAAAUGCUUUUGUUAUCCUUGUCAGAAAAUAAGGUUUCAAACACAUUUUUAUAUUUGAAAAUUUUAAUUGGCAAUUUAAAUUCCUUAGCCAACCUUAGAAAUAAACCACUGCAUUUAUGUUAAUAUUAACACACUUCUGUCAGUCUACCUGGUUGGUUAGCUAUUUCAGGAUUUUUGCAUUUGUUGUGAAAAUAAGGGCAGUGGGUUGUGUUGAGGGUUUUUUUUUUUUUUUAAGCUCAGUGACAACUAUAAAAAAGACACUGCUGUUCCUGAAUGAGCUCACCUUUUUCAACUUGUGUCUAAAAGUAGUGCUUUUAACCUGCUGCUUAAAUUUGUGAUUCUUGGGGUGUCUUUGUUGAGAAGAUAGACAGUUCUUAUGACAGAGAAUAUUUGAUCCAGUAUUUUUCUUAGUUUGGCAGUCUUAGGAGGCUUUCUUGAAAGGCAGUAGGAUUUGUUAAGUCCAAGUUUAUCCAAAUGAAUUAGCAAAUUACAGUCUCCUAGAGACUGGAAUUAACCAAGUUCAACACUCAUGCCCGUUAGUGCUAACGCUGAUUCUGUUACAUUGAAAAGCAGCAUACUCUGUCCUCGCAUUCUGAGAGUAUCAAGUUCCAAGGCUCAGAGCUUUGAUCAUAUCUCAAAUCAGCAAAUAAUUUCAUUGCUGUAGCUAAGGUAAGCCAAAUCAGCAGUUUGCAAAGAAACAUGCGUCUUGCCAGUGAGGCUCAAUUGAGCUCAAGUGUUCUAGCCCUGAGAGCAGGGUUUCAGUUUUUCACUCCACAGUGUCAGUUUGGGCCCAGCCAGCUUUUACCUGUGACUUCCCCUUUUCUGUCCUGUUAUCCACCAUCAUCUGCUUUGCCUGACAAGCAGGUUAGUAAGCAAGGUACAUUGAAGGUUGCACGGCUGGGAGUAGAUUUGUUGUGAUGAAGGCAACUUA